AACACAGUUUCCAUGGCGAGCGUUUUUGCCGCCCCUAUAGACUCUCUUGUUACUACUGUAUUCUAAGACUUGAACCAAGGAUGGAUGAGCUGGGAAUAGUGGCGGACCAUUGAAUGUCGGCAUCGUACCGACACACACUCAAUUUCUGUGGUUGGCGGGGUUAUACACAACAUGGAUAUGGACUUUUUGUCAUCUUGCCACGCCGCUGGCGCUGUCAGGAGGAGACACCUUAGAACUGCGAAGGUCUUAGUCGUCCUCUCAAUUAAGCGUAUCUUGCUUGGUACAAAGAAGGUCGUGAUCCUUGGCUUUGGAGUGCGAAGGUUGCUGCUGAGACUAGGACCUACAACCUCUUAUGGUUGUCUGCGGGUGUGUGCCUGUGUGUAUGCGUGCGUGUUGCAGGCCAAGGGGCUGCACAGUCGCCUGCACUUACUGAAGCUGAAGCCGCUGCAAGCAAUGCUGCAGUCAUGCACCAAGUUCCGGGUCUUCAACAUUCUCUUGCUGCUGUGCGUCGUCAACUUUUUGCUGUACCGCAGCUUCUUCCAUCAGCGAGUUGCGAGCGGGGGCACUAGCAUCAUGACAAUGGACCUCAACGCCACAGCGCACGCCUCCAGGCGCUACAACAGCAGCGGACGAAGCAGCGGACGAAGCAGCGUGAGGACGACGACGCCGACGACGACGACGAGGACGACGACCCUCAGCGUAAAGGACUCGGCAGCCGGAAUUGACGUCAACACCAGAAACCCGUCGAACGCAGGCGGAGACAACUCGACGAGCAGGCAGAGCGAGGGAUCGCUGCCCGUCGUGCAGGGACCUGCUCCUCUGCUGGAGUCGCGGGGCAAGGUCGUCAAGCCCCUGGCCAACGUCAAGGCGCCCUGGGCUCCGGACAACACCACCACCCUGUGCCCGCUGGUGCCCCCAAAGCUGGGGAAAAAGGCUGUUCACCGUACAUUUGUCAGAAGAAGGCUUGGCCGCCAGCUUGCAUCAUUAAAAGAAAGAGCAGUGGGGCCGCUGGCGACCUAUCAGGUCGCUCCAAGCUUUGAGGAGGUGGUGAAGCUGAACAACGGCUUGGAGCCAGGCGGCCACUUCCACCCACCCGACUGUCGGGCGCGAAGCCGGGUAGCCGUGGUAAUACCCUACAGGGAUCGCGAACAGCACCUGAGGAUACUUGUGCACAACCUCCACCCGAUGCUGAUGCGGCAGCAGCUGGACUACGCCAUCAUUGUGGUGGAACUCGCGCAACCGACGGAAUUCAACCGCGCGAUGCUAAUGAACAUUGGCGCCGUGGAGGCUCUGGGCUUGUGGGACUUUCAGUGUUUCAUUUUUCACGAUGUCGACCUGGUCCCCGAAAACGACCGCAACCUGUACAGCUGUCCCGAGAUGCCCCGCCACAUGUCAGUGGCCGUGGACAAGUUUGGCUACAAGCUACCGUAUCAAGCGCUGUUUGGCGGUGUUACAGCCCUCAGCAGGGAGCAUUUCUAUGCUCUCAACGGCUAUUCCAACAAGUAUUUCGGGUGGGGUGGUGAAGAUGACGACAUGGCUGCCAGGGUUAACGGCAAUAAACUGAAGAUCACUCGCUACUCGUUGGAUGUGGCCAGGUACCGCAUGAUCAAACACAACAGAGACUUCAGAAACGACCCCAACCCGAAAAGGUUUGAACUGCUUAAUAAGUGGGAGUCACGACAAGACCAAGACGGUCUCAACACCCUGCAAUACACGGUCCAGAAAGUGGAGUUCAGGCCGGGCUACACCUGGUUCUUGGUGAACAUUGACAAAGACGCCAUCUUGAAGAGCUGACACCUGCGAUGCGUUGUUGGUCGUUGGGCAGCGCUCCCCUCCCCCCCACCAUACACACUUUUUUGGAAACCUUAAUUUAUUUAUUUUUUUUGCCACCCUAUCUCUGACACCUGAUCGGUAUUUUUAAUAUAAAAUAUAAGCAUGCAGAACCCUUAGUGUUCGAUUUUCGAACAUAAAAACUCGUCAACAGCCACACGAUACACUGCUUAGCAUGCACAACUGGGUUUGCAUCCCACCUACAAUAACUACGGAGGAGGCUUUAAAAAAAUAAAAUGUGGUUUUUUUUUUUAAAUGUGAAAGUUGGCACUUGCUGACGGUUCAGGUGGGGGGUACUUUCGCAAGGCUGCAAGUUAUUUGGUCUUGGGCUCCGGACACGCAGGGUAAGGUGUUAGGGCACAGGUGAGACAACCCAGCAUUAAGGACGUUUGUAUAAUGGAACGCCGACGAAAAAUAAGAUUGAGCUACAUUCCACAGAAGUAAGGUCACUUUAAGUUCAUGUCAAUAACAGCUUUUUUUUUUUCAGCAGGAAAAUGCUUGAUGUUGACAGAAUAGCAGUGUCAUUUAGAAACUUUUCUGUUGUGAGCUGCUUUCCCACUCGGUUUUUUUUUUGAUAUUGUAUUUAUUAUUAAACCACAGUUAGUGAUCUACCGUUUUAUAUCUUUCCCUGCAUUCUCUCUUUUUGUAGGAAGGGUGAUGGUGGAAAAAAUACUAUUUGAUAGACUAUUAAGACAUACAAAACAUGGAUUUUUUAUGUGUUUAUUUUGUAGCGAAACUGAAUCUUUUUUUUACCCCAUGAAGACUAUUUCAAACUUUGGACUGUAUAAAACUUAAGCCAUUUCUGCCUAUCAUUAAAGGAGUGUUUAUGCGGGACCUGAACAUUUUGACUGUUAACUGGACACAUAACUUUGUCCUUUAGACUGCCGUUGGAUACAUGUUAGUUCCAUAUGGUAGACUUUAUUUUUGUAACUGAGACAAUUUUAUACUCAUUUUGUCAUCAGUUAAGUAGUCACUUUCUAUUUUUGAUAAUAAAUUUAAGCCGUACAUAUUCCCUGUACCUGUUUUAUUGCCUUUGUUUCUAUCAAACGUCUUCAAGUGAUUUGUGCAUAUGGCGAGAUGCUUGUACCCUUGCCUCCUUUACCUGCAGCUUUGCAAUUUGUGGAACAACAGAUGUUUUCUUCAAAAACAUUUUCUUUCUGUGACUCACUUUAUCAUAGUGCUGUUUGUACAGUAAAACAUACAUGUGUGUGGCUUGUAUACAUACACAUAAACAUAUCAAAGAAUGUGUGGGAAGUGGUCUGUGUGUGUGCAUGUGUGUUUAAUACAUGCUUGAGAGAAAGUGUAUCAAAUGGGUAUUCACUUUCUCCAUGGAUUCAGUUCAUUGUGACUAUGCUCAUUAGGGUGUACAUGUCAGUUUUGUUGUAACCAUUCCAAGAAGUGAUGUUACCAUGGCUUGUUUCCAGAAAAAAAAAGAAAAACAUGGGAUUUAGUUAACUUCACAUUGUCAUUCAUCCAUAAAUUAUCAUAUUUUGCAAUCAUUCCAUGGGCACUUAUUAAUCUUUUUAAAAAUAAUUUUUAAAACGUGCUUGGAUUUUCACAGGCUAGGGAGGCAUUUUAAGCAAAUUGUGUUAAGAUUUUUUUUUUAAAUCAGAUCUUACAACCUAAUUAUUUAAGGUCAAGGUCAAAAGUAGGCAGUUGGAGAGAGAGAUGCACCAGUAUAAAAAGACUACACUAAAAUAAAGUAUAUACUGUGACUGGGUGCAAUAGCUUCUAUCAAGCAGGGUAAAAUGACAGAGCUGCAAUCUUGUAAGCUGUUGUGGAGAGAGAAAGGUUCGGGUUGUAGUGCUGAUUAUUUCCCUUUUCAAUAUUUAAAUGCACCAAAGUUUAAAACACUGUGAUUUUUCUUUCUAAAGAAUCAGAAAUGAAAAUAUUUGACUAAACUUUAAAUAAGCAAUUGAAAGUUUUUUUUCUUAGUCUAAGAAUUUUGUUGUGAUUGAUUCUUUAAUCGUUUUAUUAAUCACAAAAUUUAGCUAAUCUCCAUCCCCUCAGGUGCUUUUGUCACUUCGUUUUUAUCAUCUCAGUUGUGACUGGGCUGUAUAAUAUUCCAGUGUAACUAGUAAGUCAAUAUUUUGUUGUUCAACUUUUGCAUGUGUUCAUCUUUCCUUUGAUUCAACCGUGAUAUUUUACAUGUGUACAGCAAAAUGUGAAAUUUGAUCAGUCUUGAGAUGGUGUCUUGCAUUUUUUUCAAGCCCAUUCUUUCUGCAUGCAUACAGUAUUUAGACAUACCGCUUUCAGUCAAUAAUUUGAUAUUAAUUGUGCUACUUCCUCCCCCCCCCCCCGAAAUUGCCUCAUCUCUCUCUGAAAAUGACCUUUACUCAUUCCUCUAUCUUGAUGCCAUUGCGCAUUUGCAGUGAAAGCCAUCGUUUGCAUUUUUUUUACAACUUCAUUUAUGUUAGCUUACAUUGUAUUGCAGUCUUCUAUGAAGCUUGUAACCUCGCGCACUGUUGAGAAGGGCUUUGCCAGUGCAUAACCUGUUUCAAUGUUGCUGAGCAUCAAGUUGAAAUCAUCUGCUUUGUAAAAGAAAUCAUACAUGUCUGAGAAAAUUAUCUGAUCUAUGAGAAUUUUGUUUGCACUACUUAUUCAGUUUUUUUUUUCAAGUCCCAUUGCAAUGUUACUCACAAAUAGCAUGAACUGUUUUUUUUUUUUAUUUGUGUAUUUGAAACUAAUAUGGACAUAAAUACUUCAUUCUUUUAUCUCUAAUUAGUCUCUUCAGUGAGCUAAAUCCUUAUUGUACAAAAUUUGCACCUUAGAUACUUUUGCAUUUCUUAGUGACUCUACCAUUUCUCUACCAUAGCCAGCUCUAAAUAGAAUCUACGCCACUUUUCUGACACAGGAACAUCAUCAAGCAGAUAGCACUAUAUCUUUCAUAUGUUGUUAUGCAUCACUGAUGCCAUUCACAGACACCAUCAGCAAAGUAAGCUUUAAAUUUCUGGUUUCCAUUGUCUGGAAUGCCUUUUCUCUGUAGCUUCUCACAGUGACAACCUUCAAUGCUUUCAAACCUGGACUGGACUUUAAGACUCGCCUCUUUAGGGAAUAUCUCAUUGGUUAUCUCCUCCUUUUUUCACAGUCAGUACAUCCCUUCCCAUUCACCCUCACCUCUAGCAUCUGCAGUUUGUAAACUCUGGUUCUGUUUCUUGUGACGCUCUUGUAUUAGUCCAUUAUGCUCAGCAGCAAGUGGGGAAGUGCACAUAUAAGUCAGUUUGUUUUUGAUCAUCAUGAAAUUAAGUUGUUAGAUCCAGUUGUAUAUAUUUGUGGUAAAUGGAUAUGUGCAUUAUGAAAAUGAACAUUCCAAAUUUCAUAUUUAAAGAGCUUGAGUGUCUUGAGAAUUUAUAAAAUCAUGUUCACAAGAAAACACAAGAAAACACUGUUGCUUCAUGGAAAAUAUUUAUUCUGUUAACGAAAUAGAAACUGCACAGUGAAGGGACUUAACCUGUGCUGUGAUAGUCUGGGAAUAGUGUUGCUUAUCUUAAAGUGUACAUGGGCUUUACAGUGUGUAUCAAUGUAUAGAGUGCAUUACCGAUUGAUUUAGGAUAUAGUGUGUAUAUGUAUGUGUGCAAUAUAUAUGAGAGAGAGAAUGAUUAAAUACACAGCAGAUAUGAAAUGAAAAGUAGUGAAAUGUUCAGCUCUAUCACAGUAUGUUGAAGGGCGUGCAUUUAUCUUGAAUCAUGACAGGUUGAUUUAUCCGUAUGCAUACAAAUCCAGACAUAAAAACUACUUUUGAUAACAGUGUUGUGUGCAUUGUUAAUGCCGACGACUGUGAAAUGUACCGCAUGUCAUUCCCAGCAUGAACUAUUGUCAGUUGUGCUUGCAUGUUUAUGCAGUUAUCAGUCACCUCAUGUGUGUUGAUGCUGCUGUUUAUGAAAAUCGUUCUGCUGGAACAUUCUGUGUGCCUUUCAAGAGAUGAGUAGACUGUUGUGCUGAGAUGAUGUGACCAUUUGAGAGAAGUGCAGCAUGUUAGAUCACAGCAUUUGUUUACUGAAAAUAGUGUUUGGAAAGAAAAUAUAGUUAUAUCAUGAGUGAAUGGAAACAGUGCCUGACUUUUGAGUGAUCACAAGAUUUGCUGAGGAUUGUAUUUCAGGAAAUAAAUGUGACAGUGUGCUUGCAGCUAGUAUGUCAUGACUUUGGGGAGUGUGUAUAUGCAUUUGUGAUGUCCCGGGAAAAUUUGAUUUGUAAUUUUAUUUUUUUUUGGAAUAAUUGUUUACUUGGAGUUAUUCCAUUACGCUUCUUGACCAUUUUAUUUUUGAAAUUUCAAUUUGGACUAAAUAAAUGUCUAAUUCUAA